AUGAGGCGGGACUUCUUCCGGCGCCUGCCGCCGGCGACAGCCCUCCUCAUCGUUUCGUCACUGCAGGUUCGCGCUGUAGCCAUGCUACCCAGAGCCACACAAACCCUGCCAUAUCGCGUUCUGGACGUCGUGGCAUGGCCGCCGUUGCCAACAGCUCCUGCUGUUUCCAAUGCCGAUUUUCACGAAUUGCUCCGUCGACAAGAUUCGCAGACUGUGUGUGGCUACAUAAAUGGGGACCCAAACUUGGCCGCAACAUGCAGUGCCGGCUCUCAUUGCGUUCUGGAUCAGCAACACAAUGUAGUCGGCUGCUGCGCAAACGGUCAGGCCGAGUGCACAGCCGGUGUAUACACUGGCUGUGUUGACUACAACAGCGGCCCGCAAACCGUCGUUAACCCCUACGUCUACACGUGCGCCGGAAGCGACGUCUGCUACAAAAAUCAGUUUGGCGGCGGCGCAUCACAAUAUGGAUGCGGUACUGCAAGCGACCUUGCUGCCACCGUCGAUGCAACAGCUUCAGGCAUCACAGCCGCCGUAUCCAUGUCCAGCGUUGAUAUCAACCUCACCGAGCAGCCUACGACCGUCUCAACCCCAAUUACUAUUGAUCCCAGCACAGGCACGAGACCUUUUACUAGCUCUUCCACUUCGUCGUCAUCCUCAACGUCAUCCACCUCGACUUCGGCCAGCUCAUCGACAUCUAUUAGUGAAUCAACAACCAUCCCUCCCACAACAACCGGAACAAGUUCCCCCAGCGAGACUGGCGCGGCUCCCGCUGCAGGUGCCUCUUCUGUGGAUAGGACGGGCGCUAUCGUGGGUGGAACGAUCUCAGGCGUCGCCGUUUUGGUUGCUCUGAUAGCAGUCGCGGUCUUUCUCCUGCGUCGGAAAAAGAACAACGUGCGAAAGGGACCCCCAGGUCCUGGGGGAGACACCCAAUACAUUUCUCCAAUGUCAGGAACUCAGGGCUUCCAGCGUUUGCACGACAGUAAUGCUGGCUUUGAAACUGGUCUGCCGCCAGGACCCAUGGCAGCGGCUGCAAUUCCGGCGGGUGCCGCUGCUGGUCAGCCCCAACAGUGGCAGCAGCCGUCUCAGCAGUGGAGCAUGGAUGGUAACCCUCAGGUUGGUUAUGUAGACAACACCGGGACGGUGAGGUAUGUUGAGAACAACCCUACAGGUCCUCAGGCCGGUUACGUGGAUAUGGCGUCACCAGAAGCAGCGCGCAGCACAGGCUUCGUGAGUAACGAAGCCAUGAUGGCUGCAGCUGCCGCUCGUUACAGUGGUGUCGCUGGUGGUCAGCCCGCAAGUCAUGGCACACAAGGGUCCAUGGGCAACGCGGCCGAUAUUGCCAGCCCCGGGCGCAACAGUUCCAUCAUGCCAACUCCCAUACAAGGUUACCACUAUCCCGGGCAGUUUCCCGCCGCCUACGCCGCAGCCGCUCUCCCUACAGGGGCUGGAGCUCACAAACGAAACUCAAGCCAGGGUGGCGUCAGCAGCUAUUACAACAGCGUUGUCGGCCCUUCUUCGACAGUCACCGGUCCCACAAUGAACAUGAGGGGAGGUGGCGGGAGUUUCAGGAGUAGUCACCCAAUUGCUUCUCAAUUCACAUAUGAGAGCUGGACUACACAACAGCCGCAGCCGCCGCCGCCUGCGGCACAUGAAAACCCAGAAUUGGACGAUUUCUCUCGCGGAUACAAUGAUGCACUCCAGCGAAUCGGAGAAGAAGAGCCUCUGCAAACCAGUGGUAACAUCAACCCAGCACACCUUGCCAGUCAGGCCGGGACUACCGAUGAAGGUCUAGCUCCCCGAGACACUGUCAUCUCACGGUCCAGCGCGCACAGUGUUGCGUCGAGUAAUGGUGGGCGGCCGUUGUGGCAUCAGAAUCGGACACAGCCCAACAGGAACCAACUGUGGAUGUAA